CGACGAUCCCAGAUACAAACGCGAAAAAGUUUCUUUUCGGUGUGUGUUGUGCGGUGGAUCCGAAAAAAAGAAGAUCGCCAGGAGUCGCCACCAGGGAAAUAGGAACUGCCAGACAGCCUAAAGAAUACGAAACAACAAACUGCUCGUGAAAGUUCCCGGCUAAUUGAGGCAGGUGUUAAUCACGGCAAUUACGAACUACAAAUUGCACACCGCACUUGGGAAGUCGCCGCUGGAAUGUUGCAGCCAUCACUUCUGGUGGCGUUGCUGCUCUUGCUGGUGCACUUGGAAAAUGCCAGCGGCAAACCGCCCACCAAGGAGCUGCCCCGUCCGCUGAUCCCGUUCCAUGGACAUGAGGAGGAGGACCUGUACACGGAACUGGAGGCUAAGGCAACAUUCCAAACGAUACGAAAUGGACGCUCGCGGCGUCCCACCCUGAUGGAUGUGGCCUUGCAACAGAGUGUGCGACAGGGACUCGAUGCCAUGGCCGAGCUGUACGGUCGCAUUCAGCCGGAGAUGCUGCGCAAUGGCCAAACCCUGCAGGACAAUCAUCCGGCCGCGAUGUUGUCCCGAUUCAAUGCCCCCACCACGGACUCAGAACGUCGGGAGAUGGCCGCCUAUGCCACCAUCGCAGCAGCCAAGGCCUUUCGCAAAAACUUCCAACACAUCGAUGAGCUUGCCCGCCAGUCACACGCGCAGCGGAUCUCACUACGGCGUACUGCAUUGGAGGGCCUCUGUCCACCACGGGAUCCACCGCCAUGCAUGCCGGCCUCGGAAAGAUAUCGCACCCACGACGGCACAUGCAACAACAAACGCCGACCGAGAUGGGGAGCCGCCCAGAUGCCCUUCAAUCGCUUCCUGCCACCAGAAUACGGCGAUGGCGUCGACACGGUCCGGAGUUCUGCCGAUGGCAGCACCUUAUCCUCGUCCCGGUUCGUCAGCCUGUUGGUGCAUGGAGCUCGGGAAGGAGAAGCCCCGCUCACUCUGAUGAUCGCUCAAUGGGGUCAGAUGCUCGACCACGACAUGACCUCCACAGCUCAGCCACGCUCUAUAAAUGGUUCUAUACCCAGUUGCUGUGGCGGCAAGGACUUCCAUCCUUCCUGCUUUCCCAUUAAAGUGCCUUUAGACGAUCCUUGGCUGGCUCCGCUCAAGGUGCGUUGUUUGGAGUUCCUGCGCUCUGCUCCUGCCCAGAGACGUGACUGCGUGUUGUCCUGGCGGGAGCAGACCAAUCAGGUCACCUCCUACAUCGACGCCUCACCCAUUUACUCGAACAGCGCUAAGUCUUCGGACAAUGCCAGAGUUUUUCGGCACGGUUUGCUCGUCUAUGGACGUGGUGAUCCGGCCGAGGAUGUGUGUCAAAGGGGAGCAAUAGCCACCAAGUGCAUUCGAUCUGGAGACGGACGAAGUGGCGAGCAACCUGGCCUGCUGGCCAUGCACCAUGUCUGGGUGGGCGAACACAAUCGGAUCGCCCUCGAGCUAAGUGAAUUGAAUCCUCACUGGAGCGAUGAGAAGGUGUACCAGGAAACACGGCGGAUUGUGGGUGCCAUGUUUCAGCACAUCACUUUCCGGGAGUUCCUGCCUGUCAUUCUGGGCAGGGAGGUGGCCAAACUGUUCGACCUAGAACUGAUGCCAUCGGGCUACUACGAACGAUAUAGUUCCAAGGUGAAUCCGACGGUGGCCAAUGCCUUUGCAGCUGCUGCCUUCCGUUUCGGACACUCGCUGGUUCAGAAUUCCUAUUCGAGAUGCGAUCGCCAUCACAAUGUGAUAAAUAAUAAUGUCAGUCUGCACGAGGAAUUCCAGCGCGGUGAUAUUGGUUCGGCUGGAUCACUGCAUCGUCUUCUACGUGGCUUGGCCUCCCAGCGGGCUCUGAAGAGGGAUGAGUUCAUCACCCCCGAGUUGACCAAUCACCUUUUCCAGACUCCUGGUUUUCCUUUCGGUUUGGACCUGGCUGCCAUUAACAUCCAGAGGGGCAGGGACCAUGGUAUUGCUCCUUACAGUGCUUGGAGGGUACCCUGUGGUCUCAGCCCCAUCCUCAGUUGGGAUGACUUUGCCAACGUUGUGGGCCCAGAAUCCGCCAAACGUAUUGGCCACGCCUACCGCAGCGUCCAUGACAUCGACCUGUUUGUGGGCGGAAUUGCAGAACGUCCUGUGGUAGGAGGCUUAGUGGGACCGACCUUUGCCUGCAUCAUAGCCCAACAGUUCAGUAACGCCCGGCGAGGGGAUCGCUUUUGGUAUGAGAAUGGUGGAUUCGAGAGCUCCUUCACGCCAGCGCAACUACACUCCCUGCGACGAGUGUCCUUGGCCCAAGUUCUUUGCCGCACUGUGGGUGGUGGCACUCUCCAGCCCCACAUCUUUAUCCCAGCCGAGUUUGAGGACAAUGAGCGACAGACCUGCGGAACUGGCAGUCUAAGCCCUAUUGAUCUAAGUCCCUGGUUGGAGCAAGAUCCCUUCCACAACCAACAGGUGCCCGACCAGGUGUUUACCAUUGGGCAACCAGAAUUGGGCUCAGUUCAGGUCAUCAAGGAGGACAAGGCGGGCUUCUCUAACCGAGUGAAACCCAUAAAACCGCAUGUGGAAAUCAGUUCCCCUUCAGUCAGCGGGUUCCAUAGACCCACCAACGGAAACUCGACCAAAGUUAGUGACAAACUUGACAUCAGACGAAAGACGGUGGCGAACAAGAACACGAACAACAACCGACAGACUACCCCCACUCGCAAGCCCGUAAGUGGUGUCAACAACAAACUGGACAAAUCACCAAAGAUUACGAUUAACAUCAAGAGCGUAAAUGUUAGAAGACCAGAGGGUCCCAAGAGAAGGGUUAUCAUCAACAAUGUGCCCGUAGAGCUACGAAGUUCAGGGGGUAAUGCUACUGACGCGGAAACAGAUACAGGAACUUUGACUGCAGACGAAAACGAUGACGAGUUUAACGAGGACGAAGAAAUGGACAUGGAAGAUAUAGAAGAGGUGAGAGCUAAUAGGGAUGACCCUUUAACAAAAACCAAGACGCAUCCGAUCACGACUGAAACUGACUCUAAGACAGGGACAGUUGACAAGGACGAAAAAGACACCUCGAACAAACGUAUUGGACUGUCAACAGAAGACCCAAAAACCGAAAGACGUGACGCCAGAAAUAGUGAACAGCAGGAGACAACGACAGAGGACGGGACAGCGGACUCUCAAAUAUUCUACUUAAACCGAAUUCUUAAAACUACCACAGAGGACCACAAGACUAGGCAGAAAAAUGCAUCCGAGAUCAGUGAGCUUACUAAAAUGACUGUCGAACGUACACAAUACCAGGACAGAUCUAUUUACGAAACACCCCAGAAUGUGGUGGUGAUCGGACCGAAUACCGACCAAGAAAUUGGGACAAACAUAGGACAUGCCAAACAGAACCAAAUUGUAACUAAAACUGAGACUCAGACUGAUAAGAACGAAAGGGAAAGCUGCAACGAACGAGUUAGGCAACCAACAGAAGCCACCAAAACUGACGAACUCGACAAUAGAAAGUCGAAAGAUCAACAGGAAGCAAGGACCCUGGACGAAACAAUGAACUCUCGACUACUAAACAUUCAAACUACUACAUACGGAACUACUCCGACAAUUAUGUUAGAACGCUUAACUAGACAGACAAAAGAACCUAAAAUCGGACCGAAUACGGACCAAACUCAAACUGAAACUGAGACUGAAACUAACUCAGAGACAACGACAGCUAAUAGCAACGAAGCAACCAAAGCUGAAAGACGUAACACCAGAAAGCUGGAAACUGAGCAAGAGAGCCUGGACACACUACUGGACUCACGACUACUGCUUUUAGAACGCAAUGCUACCACUAGACCAAAGGACUACGAUACUAGUUCCACAGUUAUGAUGGAACGCUUCACUCAAAAUACAGGACCACCUAAGAUCGGACUAAAUUUCGAUCAAGACGAGAGAGAAACAAACUACCGACAGACAAAAAAUAACCAAACUAAAACUGAGACUGAAACUGACUUGAAGACUACGACUUUUAGUAAGACUUUAACAGAUACCUUAAUUAAACCACUUGUACAGUCAACAGAAUCUACAGAAACUGAAAAACGUGACACCAGAAAACUGGAAUCCCAGAAAGAGUCGAAGACUCUGGACAAGACAGCGGACCCUCGACUACUUCACUUACAACGAAAUCGUACGACGACCACAAAGGACUACGAGACUAGUUCCACAAUUAGUUUGGAACGCUUUACGCGACAAACAAAAGCACCCAAGAUCAGUAAGCCCACGAAAAGGGCCGUUGAACUGAGACAGUACCAGAACAGACCGCUCUACGAACGACCCCAGAAGGUGGUGGUCAACGGACCGAAUGCCGACCAGUACGAGAUUGAGAUAAACAUACGACAGACGAACAAGAAUCCCGGAUCAAGACCCUCGACAGCUGACUAUGCUGAAUACACGACUGUCAACAAACCGUACUACGACUCAAACUACGCACCGCACUACGUGGACUACGCUAGUACUACUCCCAUUCCCUUGCCAAGCUAUGGGUACCAUCAACCUCUUUCGGAGAUCAGUACUCAGGGACAGAGGACUAAGCCACCGACCAUAAUAUAUCUGAACGACAAUGACGACAGACGGACCACGACACGAGCACCGAACAUUUUUCAGAACUUUUUGACCUUUGCCACGAACACCUUUAACCCUUUGGGUAAUCGACGGCCAAUGCCUACGACACCAUCUCCCAUAUCCCAGAGCCACACGGACAGACCUCAGUUCGAGAACAAUGUUGUUCACAGUCCGAUCAGUAACUCUCAUAUAUUGACAGGAGUUUCAUCCUCCUAUUCACCACGACCGCAAUCAGUGCACUCAUAUCCCGUGGCCACUAGUUCUCAGAUUAGCGCUAAUCCCGGAUCCGGUUUUCUACACGCCUCGAGCAGUGCAGUGAGUGCGGGAAACUUUGGCAGUAUAUCGGGAGUGGCCACAGCCAAUGGAGCGGAUAGCACUUUCAGCUUCAAUAUAAGGCCACGUCCUAGUCCUGAAUUGGGCUCGGUUGUGAGCUCUUACCCAAGACCUGCUCCAAAUCAAGGGGUAGUGGGAGGAGGAGGAUCAUAUGGAAUCUUGGGGCAACCUUCGUACAGACCAGACUAUGCACCCCCACAAAGCGAACUGUACUACGACAGAGAACUAAGCACUGACCGAAAUACCAGUCCGUUCUCCGGAUCUAGUUCCAUAUACAGACCGCAGUUACAGGCACAGACUUUUUACGGACGGGCACCAGAACUCAAGGAGGUGGGAAACAACAGCAACGAACUAACACAGACAGAGCAAAAACUUUACUUACAGGACUACGACUACGUGAGUAGGACGCUUUCCAACUUGACCACGGACGAAAGUCAUCUCACUGAAGAGGAUGCAGACUAUGUGUACGACGAAGACUUUCCUAGCAAUGACCUGGACAAAACGGAGACCCGGAAAGAGACAGACGUAACCGAAUUGUCCACUAAAAAAUUUGACAAAGACGGAUACAUGCGACCUCAACUGAUGCGAAACUCGACCCAGAACUCUACUGGAACCAACGUGACCUCACUGGACGACAACUACGUAAUGCCCAUGUUGGACAACAAGACGCGCGCUAGCUACGUGACCGAGGUUCCCAAGCCCAUGCUAUCCACCUCCAGUCGGAGUGUCACAAACAGUAAGGUCACCGUUUUCCCGGACAGUGUGGGCAAACAGUUGGGCAACGACAUACUCGCAGACGAGACGGACGACUACGUGGAUGGUAACUCGGAGGCACGACUGAAGGCGCAGAGACUGAAGCAACUGGCCAGUGUGGCUUUCGCACCAAUUACCGUAUUAACUAAACCGGACAGACCGGACAACUGGGUGAUCUAUAACAAGGCCAGUGAGGAGCCUCCAUUACCACAGCCACCGGCGAUCAAUAUGGAUGUAGCACCCACAGGAGAGGUACCCACUCCUAUUAAGAACUUCAAUAAUGGUUGGCUAAAGCAAGAUCUAAAGGUUCAGCCGGAAGGAUCGAUAACUAAAUCGGAGGAUGUGCCAAUAAGAUCUGAUCCCACUGAGAUGGCGAGGAAGAAAACGACUGUGGCAGCAGCGGACAGUAACUAGAAAUGCCAAAUUUGCCCUAGAUUACUUAUUUAUUUAUCUAAACUUUAAAAGCCGAAUUAAAAUUCAACUCUCAUUCAAUGAUUUUAUAGUUUUAAAUGGAAGGUUUCUCAUGUAAGGUGAGGGACAU